AUGAGUAUGCAGGGGUUUAUAUGCUCAUCCCAAAAAAGGACAAAUAAUUCAAGCUACCAUGAGAGCUACCUGCUCUUCGAUAUCACCUACGGGGAUUGUCAAAACGAAACCCUACCAACCAAUCCCUACAAGGCCAUCUAUGAUGUGUACACCUAUAUCACCCUCGUCCUCUCUCCCCUCAACGUCGUUCUAAAUGGAUUCUCUCUGAGGAUUUUUACGCACCGAGCAUGGAAAAACAGCACAAUGAGUUGUAUCCUCAAAACCCUGUCUAUAUUCGAAACCUGCUUUGGUCUCUGUCUUCUGCUGCACACACUGUCGCACAGUCUACUAGAAAACUACGUGUCAGGCUCCGAUGGAAAUGAGUGGCUAGCCUCAGUUUUUACUAUCUCAACCCAACGGAGGAUUGGCAUUUUCCUAAUGGCUUUCCAUCCCAUCCUCAGCGGUGCCCUGUUUGCGUUUCAAAUCGCACGCAACUGGUCCGUAGUGUUGUUGGCAGCCUAUCGUUACGAUUCUGUGUGUCGGAGCAUCGGUCGGGUCUCCGCUUUCUCUCGCGUCUCAAUCUGCGUCAUAAUGAGCCUCGUUCUGGCGGCUGCAUUUCUCAUCGCGCUGCCACGGGUGUUUGAAACACGCGCCUUUUUCUGUUAUUCCAAUGCUCAGAUCUACAACGAGGAGUACCUGCUGGCAGCCAGCCGAGUAUACCAAAUGGUUUUCAUCGGGAUUAUCACCUUCAUCGUGCAGUCCGGUGGUCCGGUCAUUUGUGUCUGUGUGCUGAGUUUCUUCGUCGUCCGACAAAUUUCUUUGCGACGCAAAUACCGUCGGCGAAACCAAUCCGCCCUCUACCACCACGUCUCGGCAGCCCUGAAGGACCCAUCGGAUGCUGCGAAUGCGAAUCGAAGUACGCCGGCAAGACCGGUUGAACGAUGUCAGCCAUCUGGAGAUAAACUCAUUCUUGCCCUCUGUUUCACAUUCUUCAUACUGGAGACGCCGGCAUUUUUCAGUAAGAUUCUUAAUGCCUAUCUGAGAAAUAAUUUUCCGCUGCAUGACGUCUAUCUGUCCGUCAUUGCAAAUCUUCUAAUUUAUCUGGACUCAACAUUCAACGUGUUCGUCUACAUGGCCUCAAAUCCCACCUUCCGUCAGGUUACCCGUCUGGUGAUGGGCGGAAACCGCAUUUGCUUCGUCCUUCACCUGAAACCACUGUUGCCCAAACUCUCAAGCACGAAAUCCAAUGCUAGGACCUCCAUGGACACUGGCGUAGCGGAUUCGAGAACCCGGAAUUAUCCCACGGAGCUCACAACAGUAGAUUCUACCUUAAAUCUGCCGGCUGUUGACAACCCCCAAUAA